GCCAUUUCCAUGGCGUCACUCCUCGUGGUUUUGGUGCAGGUGGCACUUUUGCCAUUUGCCCUUGGAGGAGCAUAUUAUGGGCACAAAGCACACCCCCAGCAGCAUCAGCCUGUUGCACAGAUGCCCCACAUGGGCAUGGGGAAGGAGAUGUCACACAUGCAGUACCCACACUAUAGGAAGGAGAUCCCACAGAUGCCCAUGUACAUGGGCAAAGAAAUACCUCGCAAAGAUGGCAAAGGUGAAACCAUCCCCAGAGGUGAGCAGGGUGUUCCAGGUGAGGUUGGUCCACAGGGACCCCCUGGACCACCAGGACCUCCAGGCCCUACAGGGCCGCCUGGCAACGGUAUACCAGGCAUGCCUGGAAAACCAGGACCUCCUGGUCCUCCAGGAUUCCCAGGAGUUGGAAAACCAGGAACACCAGGCAUGCCAGGGAAACCAGGUGGCAUGGGACAGCCAGGGCAACAAGGUGAGCAGGGGCCCAGUGGUGAACAGGGACCUGUAGGCUUGCCAGGGCCACCAGGUCCUCCUGGACCCCCAGGCUUGCCUGGUAUUGGGAAACCCGGUGGACAAGGAUUGCCAGGGCAGCCAGGAGGGCGAGGAGAACCAGGACACAAGGGCUUACCAGGCCUGCCAGGCUUACCUGGGCCAAAAGGAGAUAAAGGAAUUGGACAACCUGGACCUCAGGGACCAAAAGGUCCCCCAGGACUUCCAGGUUCUCCUGGUCAGGGUGGUCUGCCAGGAAUGGGCAAGCCAGGGAUGCCUGGAAUGCCAGGACCACCAGGUGGACCAGGGAAACCAGGACAGCCUGGACCACCUGGUCCAGUGGGACCACGAGGAGAGGGGGGCCAGCUUGGUCCACCAGGGCCUCCUGGGAUAGGUAAGCCAGGUGAGGGUGGUUUUCCAGGACAGCCAGGUCUACCUGGUGGGAAAGGGCAGCCAGGUCCUCCAGGAUUACCAGGAAAACCUGGAUUACCUGGAAUUGGCAAACCAGGGUACCCUGGCCCAAGAGGUGACAAGGGAUUAGUUGGACCACCAGGUGCCCCAGGGCCAAAAGGAGAUAAAGGUUAUGGAGGUCAACCAGGCAUGAUUGGUCCCCCAGGACCUGGUGGGCCUCCAGGCUUACCUGGACCGGUGGGGGCUCCUGGUGGUAUUGGUGCUCCUGGGCCUAAAGGAGAAGGGGGAGUGGGAGGAAUGAAAGGAGAUCAAGGGCCCAUGGGAGAAUCCGGACCUCCGGGGCUACCAGGACAACCUGGUAUCCAAGGUGAGGGGGGUAAGCCAGGCCCACGUGGGCCACCAGGUCUCAUAGGUCCAAAAGGGGAAGGAGGACAAAAGGGCGCUCCUGGGCUCCCUGGUCAGCCUGGUUUGCCAGGCCUGAAGGGAGACAUUGGGUUACCUGGCCCUGAGGGGCCACAGGGCCCUAAAGGUAUUCCAGGACUGGCAGGACCAGGAGGGCCAAUUGGACCACCAGGACCACCAGGACCAAAGGGAGAGGGGGGUGAGCCUGGACAACCUGGACCCCCAGGUGAAGGUAUCCCUGGUGUCUCUGGUCCAAUUGGUCCUCCUGGUACUCCUGGCUCAAAUGGACCUCCAGGCCAACCAGGUCGACCUGGGCCACCAGGACCUCCUGGACCUCCAGGACCCCCUGCCCUCUCCCCAGACCUGAUGGGUGUGCUGCCUGAGAUGGGCCCGGCACUGGAUGGAGUGAAAACCAGUGGGUAUAAGAAAUAUAAGCCUUCCAACACCGGUGAGGGGAUGGGUCCCAGUGGUCUUGAAAUGCCUGCUUUCACUGCUCAGUUGACCACACCUUUUCCACCAGUUGGCACGCCUGUGGUGUUUGACAAGCUACUGUACAAUGGUCGGCAGAAUUACAACCCACAAACUGGUGUUUUCACUUGUGACCUGCCAGGUAUCUACUACUUUUCUUAUCAUGUACACUGCAAGGGUACCAACGUUUGGGUUGGGCUGUAUCGUAACGGCGAGCCUCUCAUGUACACAUAUGAUGAGUACAAGAAGGGAUUCCUAGAUCAGGCAUCCGGCAGUGCUGUUGUACCUUUACAGCCUGGAGACACGGUUCACAUCCAGCUGCCAUCUGACCAAGCGGCUGGACUUUAUGCUGGGCAGUAUGUCCAUUCAUCAUUCUCUGGCUUCCUUCUCUACCCCAUGUAG